AUGGCGGGGCUGAGCCGGGCCCUGAGCCGGGCCCUGCCGAGCCGGGCUCUGCUGGCUCUGCCGAGCCGGGCCGUUCUGUGCCGGUCGCUGUGCCGGGCGGCGGCGCGGCCCGGGCGGGUCCCCGGGGCCCGGCCGUGGGGCUGGGGGCUGGCGCUGGGGCUGGCCGUGGGGGUCCGGGGCGAGGCGGACGGCGGGCGGGAGGAGGAGCCGCCGCCCCCGCGGGGCUUCGGCGCGGCCGUGGAGCGGAGCAGGGACCUGCUGCGGAGGGUCAAGGAUGAAGCAGGAAUCCCAGGUAUAAUAGUUGGAGUUUCUGUGGAUGGAAAGGAAGUGUGGUCAGAAGGUCUGGGCUAUGCUGACGUGGAGAACCGUGUCCUGUGUAAGCCAGAGACCAUCAUGAGAAUCGCCAGCAUUAGCAAGUGUCUCACAAUGAUGGCAGUGGCUAAACUGUGGGAAGAGGGGAAACUGGAUUUAGAUGCUCCAGUGCAGAAAUAUGUCCCUGAAUUUCCAGAAAAGGUCUACGAGGGUGAAAAGGUCACUAUUACGACCAGACUGUUGGUUUCACACCUCAGUGGGAUCCGUCACUACGAAAAAGACAUCGCAAAAGUAAAAGAAGAGAAGGAAAAGGCAAACAGAGCACUGAGGCCAACAAAACCCCAGCAGGAUAAAGAACAAAGAGAAGGCAAAGGGACUGAAAAACCUGAUUCUGCCAAACCAAGGAAAGAACAGGACGGUGAGACGAGAAGCCGGAACUCAAAACCUGGCAGGAGGGACAGGGAGUUUGAGCAGGAAGAGUAUUACUUGAAGGAAAAAUUUGAAAGUGUGAUUGACUCACUGAAGAUAUUUAAAAAUGAUCCUUUAUUCUUUAAACCAGGCAGUCAGUUCUUGUACUCAACAUAUGGCUUUACUCUCUUAAGUGCUGUUGUGGAGAGAGCUGCAGGACAAAAAUUUACAGACUAUAUGCUGAAAAUGUUUCGUGAUCUGGAUAUGCUGUCCACUGUACUGGAUGACAAUGAAGCAAUGAUAUAUAACAGAGCAAGGUGUUAUGUUUACAACAAAAAGGGUCGGCUGGUCAACGCACCCUACGUGGACAACUCCUACAAGUGGGCUGGUGGUGGCUUUCUGUCCUCAGUGGGGGACCUCCUGAAGUUUGGCAAUGCCUUGUUGUACAGUUACCAAGCCGGACAGUUUAAGAGCAGCGCUGGCAAACUCCUGCCCGGGUACCUCAAACCGGGCACGGUGUCCAUGAUGUGGACGCCGGUGCCAAAAACAGAGGUGUCGUGGGACAGGGACGGCAAAUACGCCAUGGCCUGGGCCGUGGUGGAGAAGCAGCAGCAGUGUGGCUGCUGCAGGCAGCAGAGACACUAUGCAUCCCACACCGGGGGGGCAGUGGGGGCGAGCAGUGUCCUCCUCAUCCUGCCGGAGGAGCUGGGCCCCGGGGCCGGGGGGGCCCCGCCCAGGGGAGUGAUUGUCACCAUUGUGUGCAACAUGCAGUCCGUGUCGCUCAGCGGCACCGCCUUAAGGAUUGCCAGGGAAUUCGACAGGGAAAAACGGGCACAGUGCCCAGACUGAGAGCCUGGCAGUGUGUGACAGAACCCACGUGCUGCAACAGGAACAGUGAAGGGAGGAGGUGGGAUGGGGCUCCGAGAUCACUGGGAAUAUGGGAAGAAAAGGCAUCAAAAGUUCCCUUAAUUAACCUCUGCUAAUGGUGCUAAACUUACAUGUAACUGGAAUUCAUCUCUCAGGGACGUUCCUAACUUACAGAAAAGGAGAAUGUAACAGUCAAGUUUGACUUCCUCUAGUACAUGUGUAAAUAUCAUUGUAUUAGCAGGUUAUUUUUAUCAACCAGUGAAACACUUGACCAAGAUUUAAAAAAAACCCCUAGCAUUGUUUUUUGCACUAAGUAGUACAAAAAAUUAUCUGCCUUUUGAGAAACUUCACACCUAGCUUUGAGCACACAAAGAUGUUAUUUGUUAUUCUCACAGUUCCAGUCUGCCAAAACUGUUCAGUAUUACUUUUUAAAGAAAAAAUUUCACUGUUGAUUUUUGUUUUCCCAUAGCACGUUUCUUUUUUGUUUAAAAAAGCCAACAAAGCCCAAACCUUGAUGCAAACCUCCAGAAUGCAGGUUUAUACCAGAAGCAGGCUUUUGUCAGAGCUGUGGAUUGUUGAGAGUUAGAAAAGAAUGAAGCUAGAGCAAUGUAAGUACAAAUCUUUUUGGUUUUCAGAUGUUCUCUCAUCCAUUUUUAUUGGACACAGAGACUGUGUGAAAAUAAUAGUUUACUGUGCAGUAAGGAGAUUAUUUCUACAGUCAGAUGCACCCAAAUGGCACAACGUGGUGAGCUGCCAAACUGUCCCUUUGCUUUUGAAUGAUCCACGUGCUAAGUUGGGAGCCAGAAAUGGCACUGUAUCCUGUAAUGUAAAUAUUCCUUUGCACACAGGAGUUAGGAACUCAGUGAAAUGUCAAGCCCAUUCUUGAAGCCAGCAGUAGAAGUCUGACAGACUUGGGAGAGGUUUUUUGGAAAACCAUCCUUUGCUCCAGUUGGAGAUGUGCUUCAAGGAGUUACUUUGGCCCAAGGCUGAAAAAGAAACUGUCCUGUGUUCCAAAGAAGCAUUUUCAUAGAAUCAUAGGAGCAAUAAGAUUAGAAAAGACCUCCAAUAUCAUCGACUCCAAGCUGUGGCAACUGGAUCAGAGCACUCAGUGCCUCGUCCAGUUCGUUCCUUGGACACCUCCAGGGUCGGUGACUCCACCACCUCCCUGGGCAGCCCCUUCCAGUGCCUGAGCACCCUUUCAGUGAAGAAAUUCUUCCUGAUGUCCAACCUGAAUGUCCCCUGGUGCAGCUUGAGGCCAUUUCCUCUUGUUCUAUUGCUGGUUCCUGGGAGCAGAGCCCAACUCCCAAGCUCCUCCCCCUCCUUUCAGGGAGUUGUAGAGAGUGCUGAGGUCACCCCUGAGCCUCCUCCUCUCCAGGCUGAGCCCCCCCAGCUCCCUCAGCUGCUCCUCAUGAGAUUUGUGCUCCGGACCCUUCCCCAGCUCCACUGUCCUUCUCUGGACUCACUCAUGUCUUCAUUGGACUUCUCAAUGUCUUCAUUGAAUUCACUUGAGGUGUGAGAUUCUCUAAUCUUUAAUUUUACUAUAGGAAUAUAGUAACACAUAGGAUCUCCAAAAUUUUGCCCCAAAGAUUAACCCCCACCUCACUUCCCCUGCAGUUGCAUCAGACACUGUUUGCAGGCUGAGACAGAAUGGAGUAUCUUGUCAUGAAAUAUCUUCCACUACUUACUUCCCUGCACUCUUUUGCAGCUCUGCUUCUCUGAAUUUAGGGAACAAGAUGUCUUGGAUAACAGCUAGCAGAAAACAGCUCUACCUGCCUCUUUCCCAAGUUAGUGCUUUCAGUAUUGGCUUCCUAGUUGUUACCUGCCCCGUGAUGAACAUUCUGCUGCCACCUCUGUUCCCAGGGGGCCUGUGGUAACAUUUAUCACCCAGCACUGACAAACCAAGACAUUUAAUAUUUUGUGGGAUCAGUGUUUUACCUACAUUUUUAAUUGAAGCUAGUAGGACUGCUUUAGUUUACUCUUCAUCAUUUAAUCAUUCUUGUGCCUUAAAACAGUCAAAGCUUAUACCUAAACCAUUUGCUUGGGGUUUCUGGCCCACUCAGCAAAACUUCACUUUUUUUAUUCGUUAAUGAUGUCAUUAAUAAUUGUCUUUAUCUCAAGACUAUCCAAUCAGUGAAGAAACAGAGAGAACCCUUCUGGAUGAGCUUUCAUUGGCCAGGCAGUAAAUUAUCUCCCCUUCCACUGCAGUGUGAGUAUUAUCUGACAGUUCCAAUACGGAAAGACUGGAGGUGAGCAUCAUCUGCAACAGCAGCUUAUUUUUCCUACCCAGUCUUGAGCACCUCCUGCCUGGUAAACCUGCAGCAGCAGAAGCCAUUGCUUGUUUUACACAGGGCAUGACAAUAAAAAGCUCUGAGUUAGUUGUUUUCAUGUUCAAGGACAUGAAUAGAAAUAGACCAAACAAAAUGUUUUGAACAUAGAAAAUCUGAAAAGUAACGCUUGCUCUAGGAUUUCUAGCAUAUUUGGCUUGUAUGAUGCACCUGUUUGCAAAUGGUAUGUUUCUGAAAACAGCUUUGCACACCUGGGAGAAAAGAAGUUUCAUUCACUGACUGUUGUGUGUGGGUUCAGAGAGAGAUUCAGAACGUGGAAGGUGUAGGUUUAUCCUUGUCUGCAUGUGACCAAACACUAAUAAAUGUAAAUAUCUGAAGUAGGAAAGUGAAUAAUGGUAAGAACUAAGGCAUCUCCAACACCAGGAGAGCACAGAUAGUGUCUCACUCCCCAUACAGAAUAUGUUUAGCCACCAGUUUUUAUAUGCAUACCAUGUUGUUUAGACUGUUCCUCCUGUAACUUAAGGCUUUCCAAAAGCCUCUGUUGUCACAUGGGCAGUGCUGGAGAUGCCAUGAUGUCUACAUUUCAUCUCCCAGUGCCUGGAACUAAAAGGGUCACUGCCAUUCUCUGCUGUGGUGUUUACUAAAUCAUGAGUUCUUACAUUUUGGGUAGAGGAAGAGAAGGCAGAGAGAGGGAGACUAAGAAUUGGUCUGGCCUUGGCAUCUGCAUUCAGGUCACAACUGAACUAAUAGUGCUGCUUUGAUCUUUGUUCUGAAACCAGUUAUUGGAUGGACUGGCAUUACAGGUGGGAAACUGGUCAAUUAAGAGCAACUUUCAUGAUAAACUUAUUCCUGUUUGAACCUUUAUUGUGGAAACAUGGUAUGGCACUGACACAAAACUGUACUUCCCUUAGAAGACAUGCAUAUGCCAUUGGAAUAUCUGUUUCUGUAGCAAACACCUGCCUUUUGAAUCUGCUAAUUACAAGUGUUCACUGCUUGAAAUAACUGAAAUAAAACCUUGCAAAUGCAACCACUUGUUAUA